GUUAGCGGGGAUCCUGUUGUCGUACCACGGCUUGCCUCCCAUGUCUUUCAUGGAGCUCGCCAUCCUGGUGGUGGUGUUGCGGGAGAUGCAGGACAACAUACUCAGUACCACGACGUCCGGCCCCUUGCUAGACGUGUUCCCAGGCUCUUGCUUCAGCCUUGUUACCGCCUGCAACCUCGUCCGCUGCGCCCGAGAGAUGUUGGGAGCAGCCGACCCGCCGGCUCUCCCAUGCGGGUCGCAUCACCUGGCGCAAGCGGCUAGGCCCGAGCAGGGCAAGGCAGGCCCGGAGGCGGGCUUGGAGCCGAACCCGGCACAGUCGCGGCGGCACGCAGCGGAUGCGGCUUCGGCGGAAUGCGGCUUGGGCGGCGCUGGCGAGGGCCGCGGUACCGGCGCCAGCAGUGGCAGAGGCGGCGGCUCAGGCGCGCCCGGCAAUGAUACUGAG